AUGACGGACCCACAUCCGACCUUUGCCUUUGAUCACAAUCAUGUCACUCACUCGGAUACGACGACGACUGACACCAAUCUGAUCUCCCCAGCCAUCUCGAUUUCGCCCAUGUCCAAUGGUCGUCGUACGGGUGCUCCCAGUACCACCGCUGCCACCGUCACCGGUAUUGCCAACGGUCCCGGUCCAGUUUCAGGGCAUGGUCCAGGCCCCAAAGCUACUAAUCACCCCCGUACCACACCCAGUGUCCGUGCCUACACAACUAUCUCUGACCCUGAUGCCGAGCCUGCUGACGCCGCUAAUCCUUCCCCAGACACGCGACCUGUCUUCCUCUCAGAGGAUUUAGAAUACCCUACCGUCACUGUACAUGAUACAGACCCUCAGCACCACCUAGCGGCUGCCUCUACUCAUGCACCUCCUGCCGCUAGCUAUACCCUAGGCGUCCCAAGCUUUGGCUCACAGCCCUGGGCUGCUCCUUCUGGACCUUUUCUCGAUUUCGCGCCUCAACCAAUAUAUGAGCCUACUGGAGAGUUGAUCCACGAAAACAUUCACACCUUUGACGAGUUCGACGCCCCUUCCUUUUCGAGGUUUCUAAUUCCCCCUUCCACUACUCCGAAGAAUCCGCCACCACCAACGAGCAACUCGGCCGACGUGGCCACCACUACCAAUGGUAAUGGUUCGGUGACGGCUUUCAUCCCGCCUUUGCUUCCUCGAUCUGCUCUGAAACGCAAGUCUAGCUCUGUUGCAACGACCCCGACCGAAUCUUCCGGCGACAAGAAAGUCAGGGUGUUACCUGGACCUGGACCCGGACCCGAAUCUGCCGUCGCAAAUAAUCGCUUUGUCACCUUUGAGCGGAUGUCAGGCGUCGGUCCAACGUCCCCUGAUGAAGGAUCUACCUCUUCAGACCUCCCAGCUGGCUCCAGGGCCUUCCCAGGUUUACCUGCUGGCAACCGCAGAACCCGCCAGUCCACCGGCUCGACCCCGAGACCUCCAGUGCUGCCUACGACUUCGUCCCAAUCCUCGACCCGGCAGAGAGGGACGCGCACUUCCUCAGGACAUCCCCCAUCAAUCCUCCCUCCUGAGAAGGUCUUCCCCAUUCAGAUUGGAUCAGAUCUGUUCAGGCUAUCUGGAGCUUCUAUAUCUUCCGACGCUCCGUCCUACUUUACCCAGUUUUUCGAGGAACAAAUCCGACAGAAUGAGGAAUCCGGCGGAGUCAGGACGCUCUAUAUCGAUCGAGAUCCUGCAACUUUCCGGGACGUGGCUAGACAUUUACAAGGCUACUACGUCAAACCGGUGGAUGGGAGCCACUUUGUGAAGCUGUUUGCGGAUGCUCAGUUCUACAGCUUACCUCGUCUAAUAGAUCAGCUGUUCGAGUCGGAAAUCUUCAUCCAGAUCGGAGAACGACAUUUCCAAAUCCCCAAAGACAUCUUUUCAGAACCUGGAAAUUCUCCGAACUUCUUCUCUCUCGGAUUUGCCGUUUUCUUCUCGACGCCCGGAGAGGUCUUUCCUGGCUUGGACCGUCGAGGACUUCUUCGUCCACCUUCGAUAACUCCACCGUACGUCCCAGGUCGAUCGGCUGAGAUUUUUGCAGAGCUGUUGCAUCUUUUACGAGGUUAUCCUCUCCAUAUUAGGAACGAAUCACAUCGGGCCGAAUUACUACGAGAUUGCCGCUACUUCCAUCUGAGGGGGCUGGAGCAAAAGAUUAUUGCCCACGAGAUCAGCUACAAUUCAGAGAGACAAAAACAGGAGAUUUGUCUGCGGCUGGAGGACGUCAAGCCUUCGGGGGUGUCCUACACCAGCGACGACUUUCUCGGCGAGAAGUCUUCAACUGGAGGAUGGGUUUACUACGCCAGGCCCUUUGUAGACGACACUUCCUACGAAAUGGUCGUGGAAAUCGGGGGUGAAAGCACCUUACUGGACUUGACAGACAUGAGGGCAGAUUUCCACGGAUUGGCCAAGGCCCGCGUGUCGUCUCUGUUCCAGGUUGUGGCCAACAAGAUGAAUCUGCCGACGAACGCGCCUCUGGGACUGAUGAUGUUAUCGGGAGGGAGGACGUCACAAUCGGCCAGCCCUGGACACACACCUCUGAGCGAAGACCGCGUGAAAGUCCGGUUUGAGCCCGCAACGGACAUCAUACUGGACGGAGAAAACUUUGAGAUCGACUUCGAAAGCUCCAUGGGCCAGGUCAUGCUCCACGGGCCCUCAACUGCGCCCAGCGAAUCGGAGUCCGAAUCAGAUGUCAUGAGUGAGGGAACAACAGUCAACCCUGGUCCUUCCACGGCUGGGGGUCAACAACGUCGCCCUCAAACGCGACAGACACCGGCAGCGGCGCCCUCGCAGACAGCUGCAGGCCGCGGAUCCCUACCCGUUCCCCCAAUCCAGACGAGCAGACUCAAGGCGCCUUCGGCGAAAAAGAGGAAGAGGCAAAGCAGUCAAGGAGAUCUUGGGGAGUGGACCAUCCGCACCGGACAGUGGCGACUCCGAGUGCAACCCAACUCCCAAGACUCGAUACGAGGAGGAUUCGAAAUAGUGUUCGUUGGGGUCAAAAUCGACGCUUUCUCGAGCGAGCGAGCACGGAACGCCAGACGGGCAUUCCUUAACUGA